AUGCAUAGCAAUGCCCAGGUGGGAAUCUUAUGUUGGGGGAUAGGCUGCAUGCUCCAGUUGUGCCCAUACAACAAAAGGAGGAUAUUUGAUUGUUGGUGUUGUUGUAUGACUUAUGGCUCCUGGAUUUCCUAUUGGGAGAGAGUUUAUUCACAGUUUGACCAACUUCACUAUGGAUUUUCUUCAAAUUUUAAGGUUAUCAAGUCCACUGCCCCGGAAAUACAUGGGAACUCCCUUAAUUUGAUGCUCUGUUACUAUUUUCAUUCCUACGCACAUCCUUUUGAUGUGGUGACACAAAAGAGAAUUGAAGGUGGUGGUGGGGGUGGUGGCGGCGGGGUGGUGGUGAUUGGUGGUGGUGGUGGUGGUGUGUGGUGA